AUGUCGGAGCGCAAGCCCACAAACCCCGAUGACCCUCGAGGCGAUUUCGAGUCUUUCGUCUCACGCUCGAACAGAGAUCGCGACCGCGGAGUCGAACGGCGAUCUUCGUCCGCAUGUGUCAGUAUCAGCAUGAGCACGAGUACCAGCACAGCGUCAAGUAGGACUCCCGGGCGCUCGCAAAAGCAACCAAGACAGAAACAUUCAGAAGUAGUGAUCACAGGCACAUCAUCGUCGCCGGUUAUGCCUGACUUAUCUAGUGCGUCGCCGUCGCCGUCAAUAUCAUCGGUGGACACAAGACCCGGGUCCCGGUCCACCGUCGAGUCCAGACGAGCAGACAACAACGGAGACGGAUUCUACAUUCUGGACGGAUUUCGCACAUCGCCCUUGGUCACCGACGGCGCCACAGAGCCCGCGCUAUCGCGCGCAUCGCUGUCCUCGUGGGACACUGCCGCACCGUCGGUAACCUCCGCGACGCCGUCGAUCCCCGCAUCUCUACCCAGCAUCGAGCAGCGCACCUACGCCUGUCUCUUCCACAUGCUGGACUGCUACGAGUCCUUCGACGACGCCGCGGAGUGGCGCACACAUGUCUUCAGCCACUUUCGGUCGCAUCCGACGCCGCCGUCGGCGCGCUGUCCGCUGUGCCCGAAUACCAAGUUCGUCGACGGGAUCCCGGAGCCCGUGUCCUCGCCUGUUCUGGAACCUGGCGAGUCUGUGCGCGCUAUCGAUGCGGUCGUGCUCGCGCCGCAGCUUGAUCUUCCCUCUGCCUGGCAUCGCAUGCUAGAUCAUGUCGCUAUGGAUCAUUAUCGUCAUGGUCAGACGCUGGCGGGUAGUCGGCCGGAUUUUGAGCUUAUGCGCUAUCUGUAUGGUAUGCGCGUUAUUACGGAUGCCCAGUUCAAGGCUAUGCAGUUGCCGCCUGCGCCGUCAAGUCCGGCUUAUCAUCGCUCGCAGGAUGGUAUUAGGGCCAGUAUUGGCUCUGCUGAUGAGCCGUAUUGUGCGCCGUAUAGUAAGCGGCGCGAGGAGAGGAUGCGCGGGCAGCAUAGGGGUGUCGGGGUUGUGUAG